AUGUCCUACGCUCAUGCGACCCUCAACCCCAUCCUUUCUUGCAACCAGGCGGGGGGACGUGGCGAAGUCCCCCUGAAGUGGGACGCUCGCUUUGCCCCGCAUCGUUGCGUAUUCGUCUCCGAUGCCGCUAUUUCUCCUUCCGAGCUGGCGCGGCCAGCCGUCUAUCCUCCAGUCAGGAGCCUUGACGUAGUAUCCGGACUAGUCUCUCCGACUUGGCCCAUUACCGUCACCAACCCUUCGGGGGUGACGGUAUGGGAUGUGCUUGCCACUAUUUACGCUACCUUGCAAGUACCCAUAUCCUAUCCCGAAUGGGACUCCCUUGUCGGCCAAGCAGCGCGCCCGCAUCCAACAGGUCUUUUAUGA